AUGAACACUGAAGCUCAACAACAUGAACAUGAACAUGAACAAGAACUAACAUUAUACCAUCUGACUCUACAAUCAAAAUCAAACUAUACUCAUUCCACUAUAGGCCAUUUCGUAAAUAUCCAUUCAGAACAUGCAUACGAUAGCAAAUCAUCAACAAAAUUACCACUACAAUUGUGUUUAGCCACUGAGAACCAUUUAGAAUUUUAUGAUGUAUCCAAUGGCCAUCUAAACAAAUUUUUUCAAUCCAUUGAAUUCCAAUUUAAAAUAAUUAAUUGUAAAUCUUUAACUCCAAAGGAAUCGAAUUGUUCAUUUAUCGUCAUCACCACUGAUAAUGGAGAUUUCUCAAUCAUCAAAUUGUCAUUACAAAAUAAUAAUAAUAAUAACAACAAUUAUAACAUAAAAACUAUACUUAAUUAUCAAUUCACAAGAUCUGGUAUAAGAAGAUUAUCACCCAUUCAAUUCUUAGAAAUUAAUGAUGAUUCUUUAACAAUUAUAUUGUCUGCAUUGGAAAAAAAUAAAUUGAUCUUCAAUUUAACUUAUUCAAAAAAUGACUCAUCUUUACAAAUAAUGGAUUCCUCUCCAUUAGAAAUCAUUAAAUCUAAUUUCAUUACAAUGAUUUUAAUUAAUUGUUAUAAUAAGAAUAAUAAUAUCUCGAACAUAGUUUCAUCUCAUCAUUAUCAUCAUAAAGAAAACCCAUUCUUUGCAUCCAUUGAAAUAGAUACCAUUACAAAUGAUUUCUUCUUAAUCUUUUAUAUGAUUGAUUUAAAUUUAAAUCUAAUCAUUAAGAAAAAUCAAUUGAAAUUAUCAGAUAAGAAUAUUAAUUUCUUGUGCUCUUUACCAAAUGAUCUUAUAACAACAACAAACAAGAAUAAUAAUACAAAAGUUGAUACCCCAUUGCCAUCACCUUUAGUAUUAUUAGGUUUCAAUGAUUAUAUAUUAAUUAAAGAUUUAAAUAAUCAUUAUAAUAUUAAAUUGGAUAUACCAAAUAAUAACAACCUUUCAUUGAAGAAAAAUUAUCCAACUACUAUAAUAAAUGGUAUCAUUCAAAAAUUAAAUUCAAAAGAUAAUGAUAAUUCAUAUUUAAUAUUAUUACAAUCAAAUAAUGGUGACCUUUUCAAAUUGAAUUUUAAUUCAUUGAAAAAUAAUUUUAAAUUAUCAUAUUUCGAUUCCAUUCCAAUGGCUCAAUCUUUAAAUAUCUUUAAAAAUGGUCUAUUAUUUGUUAAUAAUGAAUUUAAUAACAAUUAUUUAUUACAAUUUGAAAACAUUAACACCACAGAAUCAAUCCAUAACAGUGAAGAAGACAAUUUUUAUAAGUUGAAUAAUUUAAUAAUACCUUCUUCAAAUAAUAAUAAUAAUAAUAUUCAAAAAAAUUUAAACCCAAUCAUUUCAUCAUCAUACUCACAUUCUCAAAAUAAUACUAACAUAGAUUUAUGGAUAAAUUCUAUGAAUUCAAAAUUAUUUAAUUUAACUAAUUCAAUUAAUUUCAUUGAUAUAAUUAAUUCAAAUUUACCCCCAAAUGUGAAAAAUUUAUGGUCAUUAUCUUUACAUCCAAAAACAGUCUCUCAUUAUCAUGAUAUAUUAUUCUUAGCCUUUAAUAAUUCUAUGAUAAUUCUAAAAAUUAAACCCGAUUCGAUGGAAAAUUUAUCAUUCAAACAUACAAAUCCAUUCAUAAUGAAAAAUGAUUGCACUCUUUUAAUUAAAAAAUUAGGAAAUUUAAUCAUUCAAGUUUGUAAAAAUCAAUUUAAACAAAUUACAUUCUCUAUUGAGGAAAAAAAUGAUGAUUAUAAUUUCGUUGAAAAAUCUGUUUGGUAUCCACCAGCUGGUAUUCAUAUAAUACAUUCCAUUGCAACAAAUUCACAGUUAAUAUUAGCAUUAUCAAAUAAUGAAAUCAUUUAUUUCCAAUUGUAUGAUACUACUACUACUACUAAUAAUAAUAAUAAUAUUAACUAUACAAAUAACCAGGAUUCAUUAAUUGAAUAUCAAAAUAAUCCGAAUUUCUCAAAUUUCAUUAAAUCCAUUGAUUUAAUAAACUCAUCAUCAUCUUCAUCUUCUUCUUCUUCUUCUUCCUCCUCUUCCCAUUAUAGUGAUUAUUUGGCUAUCGCUCUUGAUAAUUCAACAAUUAAUAUAUUAUCAUUAAAGAGAAAUAAUCAAGAUGAAUUCUUGGAAGUUGUUUCAUUACAAAAUACAAUGGCUCCAAUAAAUGAUUUAAAAUUAAUUUCAAAUAAUUAUAAUAAUAGUAAUAAGCAAAUCAAUUUACAUGUUACAUUAACAAAUGGUGUUUAUAUGAAUUCUAAAAUUAACCCAUUAAAUGGUCAAAUCUUUGAUGUUAAAUUGAAAUAUUUAGGUCCAAACCAGAUUAAUCUUUCCUCUUUAUCAUCAUUGAAUUUAUUACAAAAAUCUGACAAUGAAGAUGAAGAUGAAGAUGAGGAAGAUAGCGACGAAGAUAGUGAUAACAAUGGUAAGAUAAAUGAAACAAUAAUAAAAAAGCGAUCUUCUCAAAAAACAUAUAAUUGUGUCAUUAUUCAUUCUUUAAAGAAUUCAUGGAUAUCAUACGAAUAUGAUUCAUUAUUAUACAUUAGACCAAUUCAAUUCGCUAAUACAAACCAAAGUCUAAUCAAAAUUACCUCUUUUAAAACCGAAUCAAUCCCAAUAAAUGGUUGUUGUGCACUAUCAUCUUCAGGUAAUUUAAUAAUUGGAACUAUGAAUGAUUUCAUUUUUAAAGAUAACAAUAACUGGUUUAAUUUAAAUGAAUUCAUAAUGCCAAAUGUGUUUGAUCAUAAACAAGAAGAUGACGACAACGCUGAAAAUGAAAAUGACAGUAAUAGCGAUGAAGAAGAUGAAGACGAAGAUGAAGACGAAAUUACUGGAAUCACUAAAAUAAAUUAUAGAAAUAAAGCAAUUUUAUCAUUGAAUGAAUCCCAUGCACAAAUCAUCAUAGAAAAUUCAAUUGCAAACUCAUCAAAUUGUCGUAUAUCAAUUUUCAAUACCACAACAAAAUCAUUCCUAAAAAAUGCAAAUGUUGUAGAAAAUACGUACUACCAUAUAUUAUCAAACAUUAAAUGUCUUAGUGCUAUCAUUACUAAGUUUUCUUCAACAAUAAAUCAUUUAAUUCUUGCAACAAACGAUAUGAAACUAUUAACUUUUAAAUUAACGUUCCAUGCAGGAUCAGAAUCUAAAGCAAAACGGAAAUUAUUCUCAAAUUUUAAAUUGGAAUCAUUACAUGAAACAUUAAUAAGUGACCAUAUUUAUACAAUGGUUGAAUUUAAUCAAAUGAUCUUAUUAUCAUCCUUAAAUAAUCUAAUACUAUUAAAUUUGGGUAAAAAACAAUUAUUAAAAAAAUCGAUAACUAUAAUUUCCAAAAAAUUAUCUAUUAAGAAGAUUGUUAAAAUAACUCAAUGGAAUAAUGAAAGAAUUGCCGUUGGCGAAUUGAAUGAAUCAGUAACGUUCUUCCAGUUUGAUUCAUUAACAAACUCAUUCAUCCCAUUAGCUGAUGAUAUUACCAAAAGGCAUGUCACUUCUUUACUUUUUUUAGAUAAAUCAACUGUCAUUGGAGGUGAUAAAUUCGGUAAUGUUUGGACAUUAAGAUUAUCAAGGGAAAAUGAAAGGAAAGUUUUAAAUGCCCAAUCCAUUGCAAAUGCUUCCGCAUCAUCAUCAUCGUCGUCGUCGUUAUCAUUCCAAGAACUUUUAAACAGAAAUAUAACUAAAUCAACACAAAUUAACAAAAGUAACAUAUAUGACGUCCCAUUCAAAUUGAAACUAUUGAAUCAUUUUUUCAUUAAUGAUAUAAUAUUGAAUUUCCAUUUAAUUGAAAAUAUAAAUUGGUCAGAUAGACCAACUAUUAUCUAUACUACUUUACAAGGUUCAAUUGGAUGUCUAAUCCCAUUAUUAUCUAAAUCUCAAAUCAUCAUAUUGAAACAAAUUGAAAAAAAAUUAUCUAAUGUUGAUACAAUAUUAAAUGAUCACAACGAAGAUGACGAAAUAACAAACGAUAAUGAUGCAGAAAGGGAAAUUAAGAAGAAAAAUAAGGGUACUGAUGAUGAAUUCAUCAUGUAUUCAAUUGUUGGUAGAGAUCAUUCGAAAUAUAGAGGUUAUUAUACUCCUGUUAGGAAUGUCAUUGAUGGUGAUUUAUGUGAAACUUUUUCAACAUAUAAGUCUAUUGAAAAGGAUAAAUUAACAAAAUCAAUUGGUAAGAAAAAUUUAAAUGCAAAUGACAUUAUUAAAUAUAUUAACGAAAUUAGAACUAAUUACUUAUAG